UAGGGGUUAGGUAAUAGAUGGAGAAUUAAGCUCUGUUAACACUCUCCCCCUCCUCCCAGGUUAGUUUGUCCUGCACUUUAGUUCUGCUUUAUCUGCAGCCGUUAACUGAGUUUCCUCGUUGCUGUGACGUGGGUUUCAGCGAGAUGCCCUGCCGCCGAGGCAGCCCGGAAACGUGCGUGCCCACGCUGCAGUGAGUCAGACGCAUCUGAUGCGCCGCAUCCUCGGUGCCUGGCCAGUCUGCAUCGCUCCCGGCAGUGCUGCCCGCCUUGCUGCGCUGCGGCUGGGCCCCGAGCUCGGGUGGGAGCUGGGGGGGGGGGGGGGGGAGACCCCCUUCUCCAGGUGUUGUGAACAUACGGCUGUUUGCGUGAAGAUCACCCUCGUUCCUCCUAGACCUGUGCCCGUCGAACUGCAUAAAGCGUUCGGAAGUCACCCUUCCCAGCGCAAAUCCUGCCUGGUGCUCCGUGCACUUAGUAUUGUAAGGAUACUAAGCCUCAAGCCAAGCCUGCCUCUGCUGCAAGCAGGUCUCAGCACAACCCUCCUUCCUGCUGUCUUCUAAAGCGUCUUUCCAUUUGCUGGUGGUGGGUCAGAACAGCUUCCCCAUGAAAUCUGGAGAGAAUAGGGUUUCAGAACAAAACAAAACAACAGUUUUAUGGGCUGAGAUAUGUCCAAGGCCCCUUGGGGCAUUCACAUCAGGAACAGGUCCCCCGGCACGAUCUCUGAGAAGACCCCAAGUCCCAAACCCCGCAGCAGGGUGGCUGGUGGGACCACGCGGGUGGCAGCCCAAAGAGCUCCGCAGGAGCUUGCUGAGGGCUUUUUCGGGGUGCUGGCGGGAGCAGGGAGCCCCAGCGCUGUCGCGGAGGGACAUUCGUAACCGCAAGCGGACGUGGGAGCCCCGGCGUCUCGCGAGAGCUCGCUGCUGCGCGCAGGGCACAGGGGUUUGUCUGAACUGCACGAAGUCGCGCUGAAACGCCUGCCGUUUCCUUUCCCUUUGAAGGGAACGCGCUGCGUGACAUCCUGUUCACACGGGCAGCUGGCGGCGGGUGGGCAGGGGCUGUCUUACACAAGCUGCUGUGGGGUUUCGUAAAAGUGCAGUUGAAAAAAGGGAUCAAAAUGCAUGAAACACUGGAGUUCCUCCUUCUCUCUGCAGCUUAUUAAUAAAAGGGAAAAUGACGCUAAAUUCUAGAGCUCUUAACAGCACCCUUCACUGGGGGUAGGAGGAAAAUGGGGGUAAUUCAAGGAGUUUGGGCGCAAAGCAGGGUUUUGUACAGGUUACUGUAGUUCAGGCUCGGGUCCUGAGGCUGAGCGUGAUCGGCUGCUCCGUUGCGAUAGCUCCACUUUCCGCGCUGCCUCGUGCCGUCACGUUUCCAGGGCUUUUGGCAGCGGAAUAUGUGAGACGGGGGAUGUCUGAGCUGGCGCGUCCUGGGGCUUUCUUUUUUUUGACCUGGAUGAGGAAUAGCAGCGUCCUGAACUCAAGGAGACCAGUAUUUGCCUGCAAUUAGACAGCCCCUGAUGGGUUCAGCCUAGGUUGGGCUGGGAUCGGGUGGUCGGAGCAGGUGCCUCCCCUCCUUGCCCUGGUGGCAUGUCCUGAACUGAUGCUACUGCCCUGCUGGCCUAAAAAACCCUUUGCAGGCGGCUUGCUGCGUCCCUGGCAUGUGCCACCAAAGCGCAUGACGGCGGGCAGCAGAUCCGAGCAGGAACCCUUCGCCGUGUCCUCCUUCAGCACAUCGAGCGCACCAGCUCGCUGCUCCUGCUUUCUGUCCGGGACCACUUCCCCCUCCGCAGACCCCCAGCUCUCCAGCACGGGCUCUUCGGGCAGGGAUUUGGGGGGCAGGCAGGGGCUGACGUGCCCCCGUCAGCCCUGUGGCAUGCGUUCCCACGUCUCGCCGCAGUGCUCACUGUUAUUUGCUCUAUCCGUGUAUUUGCUAGCACAGGAAUCCUUCCUUCCCUUCAUUCCUGCAUCCCGCAAGCUGCACCUCCAUGCGAUUGCAUCGCUGAGAGGCGAUUUGCUUUGCAUAUGUGCAGCUACCUCCCUCUUAGGAAGACAGCAUGCAACGGCAUCGUGGAACAGGAGGCAUCGAAAUCCUACGUGGCUGCAAACAUUGCUUGCUGCCAUCCACCCGAAGGCUCCCCCGCGCAGGGACGUUUGCUGUGCACUGCUUUGCACUUAGUGCAGUCAUCGGCAUAGAGCAACGGAGGUUCAAAAAACCUCAAAUCAGCUUUGGGGACAAUUCGGCAGUUGUAAUAAGCAAGCGCAAGCGGACACCCAAGUCGUCCCAGGCCGUGCCCGCACAGCCGCCCCGGCCGGGAGCUCCCCACGUGCAGCACCCCGUCCUCAAGGCGCUGAGCCCCGACGAGCGCAGCGGCUCUGCGGCGCAGCAAAGCAGUUCCCGAAAGCCUGGGCUGGGCUGCACCCUCCGGCCAUGAGGCAGUCGCGGCUGCAGCACGCCGGCGGCGCAGAAGAGGCCAGCCACUUCCUCAAGCGCGGAGAGAUGCACGCGAAAACGCAGCGCGGCUGCCCUGCUGGCUACCGGCGCGUUGCCGCGGCGGCUGGGCACGGACUGCUGCUGCCUCGGCGCCUCUGACUUGGCGUGACUGAGGUGGUAUCAGAGGGGAGCGAAAAAAAAAGGGCAAAAAAUCUCAUACGUUGCAUCUGGGAAGCGAAAGGGAGAGCACUGCAGAAAACGAGAAGGGCAGGAAAGUACUUUUAUGGGGUUGCUUACAGCCGCUCGCAAAGGAAGGAGGAGGAAGUACAUUAGCAAAUCAACCUUAAUCGCGCCGUCGCUCUGCAAGCGGGGGAUCAAACCCCAGGCACGGGAUUCCCAGAGGACUAUAAGAGCUUCGUUUCAGCCAGUCUCCUAAGUGUGUCCCCCUCAAAAAAACCUAACAAAACCACCCCCCUCCUGAUCCAAAAUGUCACUCAAGCUGCCCCGGAACUGGGAUUUCAACCUGAAAAUGGAUGCUGCAAAAAUAGACAAUUACUCCCACGCAGGAAAAAGGAAGCAUACCCUGACAGAUACUGCAGCCGCUUCCGCUACAGCCUCUCCAGCCUGCCCAGCGCGCUCUGCGCAGGCAGAGGGGCAGAGCACGGCUCCCGCCGCCUCCUUCCCGCUAGCGCUCGCUUUAGCCCGGCACGGCUGCGGCGGCGGCGGCCCUUCCCUGCCCGCCGCUGCCCGCGUCCCUCUGCCAGCCGGUCCCUCUCUUCCUCUCGCCAGCCCGCUCCAAGAGCGUGAUGACGGGCGAGAUGGUGCCCGCCGGCGCCCGCCCGGCCUCCCCCAACCCGCUCGAGCGGCCCCUGAAGAUCGGCUGGCUCAAGAAGCAGCGCUCCAUCGUCAAGAACUGGCAGCAGCGCUACUUCGUGCUCCGGGGCCAGCAGCUCUACUACUACAAGGACGAGGACGACGCCAAGCCGCAGGGCUGCCUGUCGCUGCAGGGAAGCACCAUCAGGGAGGUGGCCGGCAACCCCGAGGAAGGAGGGAAGUUCAUCUUCGAAAUCAUCCCAGGGGUCUCUGGAGACCAGAAUCGGGCGGGACAGGACUCCUGCGUGCUCAUGGCGAACUCCCAGGCUGAGAUGGAGGAGUGGGUUAAAUCCAUCCGCAGAGUGCUGGGCUCGGCCUCAGGAGCGGUGUUUGGUCGGCGCUUGGUAGAGACCAUGGCCUACGAGCAGAAAUUUGGGCAGCACCAGGUCCCCAUCCUGGUGGAGAAGUGCGCGGAGUUCAUCCAGGAGCACGGCAUGAGCGAGGAGGGCAUCUUCCGCCUCCCCGGCCAGGACAACCUGGUGAAACGGCUCCAGGACGCGUUUGAUGCUGGAGAAAGGCCAUCAUUUGACCGCGAUACGGACGUGCACACUGUGGCCUCCUUGUUUAAGCUCUACCUGCGGGAGCUCCCCGAGCCCGUCGUGCCCUGGAUGCAGUACGACGAUUUCCUGCUAUGCGGCCAAGUGCUGGAUGCGGAUGAGAGCAAGGGUCACCAGGAACUACUGAAGCAACUGUCCCUUCUUCCCCGAGACAACUACAACCUCCUCAGCUACAUCUGCAGGUUUCUACACAAAAUACAGCUGAACUCUAGUGUCAACAAGAUGAGCGUGGAUAACCUGGCCACGGUGAUCGGAGUGAAUCUCAUCAGGCCAAAGAUAGGGGAUCCUGCAAUUAUUAUGAGAGGUACACCACAGAUCCAGAAAGUGAUGACCGUGAUGAUAAGGCACCACGCAGACCUCUUUCCCGCAUCCAAAGAUGUGCCGCCAUCUCCCCCCACCCAAAAAAAUAAUGACUUCAAGAAAGCCCCCGUGCCACGCAGCUCCGUGGGCUGGGAUGCUGCAGAAGACCCCGCGGUGUCCAGGACAGACAGCUUGAUCCGAAGGCAAACAAGAGACGACCCAAGUGCCAGCAGUGCCACUGGACCAGCUGCGAGUUCAAGUGUGCCCGGAGAAGAUAAUGAUGUGAAACAAUUCAAAGAUACUGUGGGAAUGUGGAAAAUGCAGUCUAGGAAAAGAACUCAGACUCUACCUAACAGGAAAUCUUUCCUGACAGCUGCUUCUCAGGGGGAGAAAGGCAGCAAUGACAAAAGCGACAUAUUUGCCAGUGACUUUUGGAAAUCCUCCCCAGGAACCAGCAUGCCUUCUGGGCUCCCUGAUGGACAUAAAAGAACACUGUCUCAUGAUCUUUUUAAGCUGCUUGACCUUCACCGGGCUUCAACUUAUGAUAACGUACCUACCUCUCAGGCGGAAAGGAGGGAAGGCAGCUGCUCCAGCCCCGGCACAGCGAGCAUCAGCUCCGACAAGCAAUUCCUGCCGAGCCCCAGCCCCAGCCAUCAGCCAAAGGAAAUGGCCAGCCCUGCCAGCAGCCCGGCUGAGGUUUGUGAUUCUGGUCAGGAGAGCAAGGAGUUCCUGCACAGCAUGAUCCUGAAGCUGGAAAAAGAAAUGGAGGCACAGAAAAAUAACUACGAAGAGCAAAUUAAAAGCCUUGAGAAGGAAAACUUCGAAGUCUGGGCCAAAGUGGUGAGGCUGAACCACGACAUUGAGAGGGAGAAGAAGAAGUCGGAGGAACUGGAACAAAAGCUGAUGAACGUGGAGCGCUUGCGGGAAGACAUGGAGAAGCAAAACAAAAUGCUUGAGGAGGAGAUAAAGAACUUUGCCCAAUCCAGGAGCAAAGCCGAUGCCAAAAACAACUAGGAGAAGACACCUGGAUGUGCACAGACAUAAAAUGCAGGUGCAUGGUUUAGCAUUCAAAGGAACUGCCCAGCAGGAUCAGAGCCAGGGACUCGUAUAGGCCAGUGUCCUGUUACAGACCGCGGGCUGGUUCGGAGGAAGGAGCCCAGAAGUUAGAGGUUUACACUCUGAAACAGAAAAUUUCAAAACUGUUCUUUAGCUUUAUUUUACUUUUUAAAUCCUCCUCUGGCUGCUCAAGUUACCUGUAGAACAGGCCAAUACUUCUUGCUGCUCAACCAGAAUGUCUUCUAGUAGGAGUUCAGGUUAAAUAUAUAUUAUACUUAACGGGAAUAAACGAGCAAGUGGCCUUCCUGUCAUUCAGCUGUCUCCUUGCUGAAGAUAUCAUAGUGCUUUGAGUGGAACAAAAAGAUCAUAAAUCCUGGAAGCAGGGAGGCAGAAAAGCCCCCCGGUCUGAGGUGGCACAGCCUGUCACUCGGUGUGCCUGGACGCUGUGCUGCGAGGCACCCUCUGCAACCAGGUCGAGAUGUUCGGAUUAACGCACAUGCUUCAUUAUUGCUCUUAAAGAGUGAGAGAAGACCAGGCAGGCUUUCUGAUCCACCAAGAAGAGGUCUGAUGCAAGGUCACUCGCUAUGAUGUGUUGUGCUAGAUUCAUCGAUACUAAGGCUCCAGGUACAAAUGGUCUGACCAGACUGAUAAACCGUAAAAGCCUGUUUAGUUAAAUUGCUGUUCAGGUGUUUUAGAGCACUGUUUCUUAUAGCCCUGUGUUAUAUAUAGCUGGCACAGCUGCUGCUGAAGCCUUGGAGCACUGCUUCCAAGCAUUUAUACAUGGAGCUCUUCAUACAAAGCAAGUCCUUCAGAAACUUUACUCGUUACAGAAAAUGCGACUUCUACCAGUUUCCCUGGGAGACAGUUUUCACAGAAUAACAGAUCUGAACUUAUUUACCGCCUUCACUUUUGUUUUUCAUGAUUUCGUCAGUGUAGGUUAGGAUUCCCUUGGUCACCUCAGUGGAUACCUGGAUUUGCACCCCGGCUGUGAUGCUGGGACUCUCCCCAUCAGGCGUAAGGACUAACUGGACUCCAAGGCCUUGUGCUACCACUUUGGCUGUUUAUAAAUGCGUCGCUUUGGCUGCUUGUUCUCCCACCAUCUGUAGCGAGCUGGCCUUCACCAGCAGCAACGCUGCUGGAAGCGUUCAGCGUAGGAAACAAGCAGGAGUUUGCAAGAAAACCUUUCACUCGUCACGUAUGUUAGAAGGGUGAGCCGCAAAACACAGCCUCAUCCCAGCCUGAAGCCUUCAUGGGAACAGAAGGAGAAAAACACAGACGUGAAGGAGUUUUGAACCACGAUUGCCUUGGACCAGAUGCACGGCUCUGUGGCUCCAGCCCAGCCAGGCAAGCAUGGUGGCAUUAGUGCAACGACACUGGAUUACUGUUACUGAGGACUUGGCUUUGGCAAUUCGAAAGUUCAGUUCAAGGCAGGUUGCAGGCUCUCUUGGCAGACACUGCCAAGGAAAGGCCUGGAGAGAAAAACCGACAUAGAGGAAACUACGUGAAAAGUGGGGAGAUGAGACGGGGAAACUGUUAAUAUGGAAUAAAAGUCAGUAUUGUCUAUAUAGCA